AUGAGUCUCUCGAAAAAAUUGCUCGUCUCAGCUGUCCGCGGAAAAUCCUGGUGGUCGCAUGUUGAGAUGGGACCACCUGAUGCGAUUCUUGGAGUCACGGAAGCUUACAAAGCCGACAAAAAUCCAAAGAAAAUCAAUUUGGGUGUUGGGGCUUACCGCGAUGACCAAGGAAAACCAUUCGUUCUUCCAUCAGUGAAGGAAGCUGAGCGGCAAGUUAUUGCCGCUAACCUUGACAAGGAGUACGCUGGAAUUGCUGGAAUCCCUGAGUUCACUAGCCUUGCUGCAAAACUCGCUCUUGGUGAGAACUCUGAUGUUAUUAAGAACAAGCGCAUUGUCACCGUUCAAAGCAUUUCGGGAACUGGGGCUCUCAGAAUUGGAUCUGAAUUCUUGGCAAAGUACCACAAAGUCAAGACCAUCUAUCAACCAACUCCAACUUGGGGAAACCAUGUUCCAGUAUUUAAGUUUGCUGGUGUUGACGUGAAGAACUACCGUUAUUAUGACAAGUCAACCUGCGGAUUUGACGAGGCUGGAGCACUUGCUGACAUUGCCAGCAUUCCAGAGGGGUCGAUCAUUCUCCUCCACGCUUGCGCUCACAACCCAACUGGAGUCGAUCCAACGAAGGACCAAUGGAAGAAAAUCUCCGAAGUGGUGAAAAGCCGUAACUUGUUUGUAUUCUUCGACAUGGCUUACCAAGGAUUCGCUUCUGGAAAUGUUGACAAUGACGCGUUUGCUGUUAGAUACUUCCUUGAACAAGGGCACAAUAUGGUUCUCGCCCAGUCCUUCGCCAAAAACAUGGGACUUUACGGUGAACGCGUUGGAGCUUUUUCCGUCAUUACUGAUGACGCUGACGAAGCUGCUCGCGUUGCUUCGCAGGUGAAGAUCCUUAUUCGUCCGCUCUAUUCAAACCCACCAAUUCACGGAGCGCGAAUUGCUAGCAAGAUUCUCUCGGAUCCAUCUCUCAAAAAUAUGUGGCUCGGAGACGUGAAAACCAUGGCUGACCGAAUCAUCGGAAUGCGUACUCAACUUAAGGACCUUCUUGCUAAGGAAGGAUCCACCCGUAACUGGGAUCACAUUACAAACCAAAUCGGAAUGUUCUGUUUUACUGGAAUCAACCAACAACAAGUUGAGAAACUUAUCAAGGAGCAUUCGAUCUAUUUGACCAAGGAUGGCCGCAUUUCUGUUGCUGGAAUUUCAUCGAACAAUGUUGCCUAUUUGGCUCAUGCUCUUCACCAAGUCACAAAAUAA